UUUUCUGUUAUUCUGCACGUGGUGAAGGAAACAGCUGCAAUGCUAAAGAUGGUAAUCCAUUUGGACCAUUCUGGGAUACAUUUGAUGUUGAUUUUGAUGACUCGGUGUUCUAUCAGCCAUUGCACUAUGAUGUUCAUCAUCACAAUAUAGGCAUAAAAUGGAACGAAAAAUUUCCACCUGACAAAUAUCCAGUGUUAGCAUUUACUGGAGCUCCAGCAACUUUUCCUGUUCAAGAUGUGAAUAGAGAUCUACAACAGUAUUUAAUAUGGAGUGACACAAUCUUGAAAAAAGCAAAAGAUUUUAUUAUGACCAUGGAACCUAAAGGGCCUUUUGUGGGCAUUCAUUUGCGUAAUGGUGCAGAUUGGGUUAGAGCCUGUCAACAUAUUGAGCACAGUCCUCUGUUAUUUGCUGCUCCCCAGUGCCUUGGAUACAGAAAUGAAUUUGGUCAUGCAACUCAGGAAUUGUGCUUUCCUUCAAAAGAAACUAUUUUGAUGCAACUGAGAAGAGUUGUCAAAGCUCUUAGAGCACGGUCAGUAUUUGUUGCUUCUGAUAAUGACCAUAUGAUUAAAGACAUUGAAAAGCAUUUGAAGGAUUUAAAGGUGAAAGCUUACAAGCUUCCAGAUUCUGAACCACAUACUGAUUUGGCUAUAUUAGGUCUUUCAAACCACUUCAUUGGAAACUGUAUCUCGUCAUUUUCUGCUUUUGCUAAAAGAGAACGUGAUGUGAACAAUUUGCAGUCUUCAUUUUGGGCUUUUCCGUUAUCUAAGAAUGUGAAUGAUGACAAGAAAUUUUCUGUUAAUCAUGAUGAAUUUUAACUGUUUUUUUUUCCUUUUUUGGCAAUAUAUUCCUAAAUGAAUGUGAUAUUUUAUUGCAGGUGAAAACAAUUAACUGUUUUGCAGGAUUUUAUUAACAAAACUGAUGGUUAACUUUUAUAUCAGUAUUAAUUAUGAAUUAUUAUUAUUUUUUUAUUUAUUUAUUUCAAUAUUAAUUAUGAAUUAUAUUAUUAUUAUAACUGUGAAAUUUUAC